UUUCCUUCUGUUUUAUUUUAGAGAUUAAAGACUGAUUUUGAAUUAGUGCAAGGAAUCUACAAAAAGAUUACUUGCUUCGUUCUGUCACUUUCCUUCUUUACUUGAACUUGUCACCAAGUUAUUCUCCCUCUCUCUCUCUUAUCUCAUUUAGAAAUUAGAAACAGUUCAAAUCUCUCUCCCCCUUCUCAUUCUUUCAUCUCAAGUCUUUACUUAACUCAAUUUCCUUUGAUGCUUUUUUUUUUUUUAACUUCUAUCCUCUAAAUGUCUCAUCAUGAUCACUAUGAAACCAACCCUCAUUUUGCUCGAAUUCCAUCUCAGAAUCCACAUCUCAAAGGCGGUGGUGCUUCUACCUCACAAACAUCUCCACAUGAACCGCUUAUCCCGCCCAUCCCGCACCACAAAACACCUAAACACAAAACCCCAAACCACAAAACCCCGCAACCUCACCCGGUCGCUCCACCGGGAAUCCUAAUCAAGUCUCGUGGUCGCCACCGUGAAAAGCCAAUCCAAGAACCUACACAUUCUAUAAUACCUUUACCAUUAAGCCCAGAAGAUAAACUCCCACCACGAAAAACUCCAAACUCUGCAAAAAGACCAUUACUAUUAAGCCCUGAAGAUCAUCAUCAACAACAACAACAACAACGACCUCCACCACCACAACCACCCCCACGUGGAGGAGGUUAUGGAUCAACAUUACCUCCAAUACCAAAACCAAGUCCAUGGAGAACCGCUCCAACACCAUCACCGCAUCGCCGUGGCGGCCCACGGUUACCACCUCCUUCAAGAGAGACAAGCACAAUGACAUGGUCAGCUGCAUUUUGCUGUGCAAUAUUCUGGGUCCUUCUUAUUCUCGGCGGUUUAAUCGUCCUUAUCGUCUACCUCGUGUACCGUCCUCGUUCUCCGUACGUCGAUAUCUCAGCCGCUAACCUAAACGCUGCUUAUCUCGACAUGGGGUUCUUGCUAAACGGUGAUCUAACCAUUUUAGCAAACGUUACAAACCCAAGCAAGAAAAGCAGUGUGGACUUUACCUAUGCGACGUUCGAGCUUUACUAUUACAACAACCUCAUUGCGACUCAAUACAUUCAACCGUUCAAGGUUCCUAAGAAAAUGUCGAUAUUUGCGAAUGUUCAUCUUGUGAGCAGUCAGGUCCAGCUUCAGCCAACGCAGAGCCGGGAGUUGCAACGUCAGAUUGAAACAGGUCCGGUUUUGUUGAACCUAAGAGGAACGUUUCACGCACGUUCGUACUUUGGACCAUUGUUUAGGUACUCUUAUCGGUUGCAUACUCAUUGCAGCGUUUCGUUUAAUAGUCCUCCUUCAGGAGCUAUGCGAGCUAGAAGAUGCAAUACCAGACGCUAACGUUUUGCGAUUUGCGUUUGCUCCUUUUCUUUUCAUUUUUUGCCACAUUUAGAAAUAAUUAAUAUUCUGUAUUUAUUGGCAUGACAAGAAUUGUUAACUGUUAAUGGUACAAUCAUUAUAUUUUAAUUGCGUCA